AUGAACCCUGAGUCAGGCAAAAUUUUUGUUGGUGGCCUUCCCCAGCAAGUGACAUCUUCGAUACUGUUGGAAUAUUUCUUACAGUAUGGAGUUAUAUUAGAUGCAAUAGUAAUGUAUGACAAUAUUAGUGGAAGAAGUCGUGGUUUUGGUUUCGUAACUUUUAAAGAUCCCAGCGUAGUUGAUCUUGUACAAAUAUGUAGCCCUCAUAUCUUACUUGGUAAAGUGGUAGAUUGCAAAAGAGCAUCUCCGCGUGAUGUUAUUCCACCAAUAAAUAUGAAUAUAUACACAAAUAAAGCUAUAUCUAGUGAAAUUAAUAAGGAUCUUAACUCUACUACUGAAAAUGAAAUGAAUGAUAAACUAUCUAAAACUAGUAGUAAAGUAUUUGUUGGCGGUCUUCCUGAUCUAUCACUAGAAGAGUUUAAAAUUUACUUUCAACGUUUUGGUUGUAUAAAGGAUGCAGUACUGAUAACUGAUAAGCAUAAUGGGCGUCCAAGAGGUUUUGGUUUUGUUACUUUUGAGAAUUCGGAUGCGGUUGUAAACGUAACUAAGCAUUAUAAUAAUCACUUUUUAAAGGGAAAAUGGGUUGAAUGCAAAAGAGCUUUACCUAGAGAAGGUAUGCCAAUAGUAUCGACAUUAUGUAAAUAG